AUGCUUCUUAGCCACAUUGGCGCCGGAUUUUGUUGGGUCAAUCCAUCACGACCCGACUCGAACCACCAAACCCGACUGGGUUUCUGGAAUGUUCAUCGCCGGCGGGUAACGCCAUCGAGUUCGGCGUUCCACGACGUGCGAAUGGAGAAGAAAGGCGACAAACGGCGAUCGAUAUGCACUGCGGACGAGCUUCACCACGUCAUGGUUUCGAACUCCGAUUGGAAGCUCGCUCUGUGGCGCUACCUUCCUUCUCCUGAGGCACCAUUGAGGAAUCACCCGCUUUUGUUGUUGUCAGGGGUUGCUACCAAUGCAAUUGGCUAUGAUCUCUCUCCUGAGUCUUCAUUUGCUCGGUACAUGACGGAACAAGGUUUUGAUACAUGGAUUCUUGAGGUUCGCGGUGCUGGGUUGAGCACUGUUGGAGAUAGCAUGGAGGAAGACGAGGAGUGCCUAAAGAAUUUAUCUGAGAUUGAUUCUGCUAUUAGUGAUGGAAUUGGUAAAAGAAGUGCUUCUUCUGCAAGAGUAAUGGGAUUUAAGAACCUUGGCACUCCAGAGGUUAUAACUAAGUAUGAGGAACUGAGGCUAACAAGGAGGUUCAUGGAUAUUUUUGCAAGGAUAUCUGAAAAGCUCGCAGGCUUUCUCAAUCGGGAUUUGUUGGAGGGAGGAAAGAACUCUGCAAUUGUUGGUCAAAUCAAGGAUUUCAAUAGGAAACUUCGAGCUAUUAUUGAAGACCAGCAGUUGUUCCCGGCACAGAUUUUAGAAUUGCAAGACCGUUUUUCUGCCACUCUAGAAGAGUUUCAGAAACAGCUUCAAUUGAUUGUCAAGUACGAUUGGGACUUUGAUCAUUAUCUUGAAGAGGAUAUACCUGCCGCGAUGGAGUACAUAAGGGCUCAAUGCCAGCCAAGGGAUGGAAAAUUGCUAGCAAUUGGUCAUUCAAUGGGUGGUAUCUUGUUGUAUGCAAAGCUUUCACGUUCUUGUUUUGAUGGAGAAGAUUCUGCGUUGGCAUCUGUUGUUACUUUGGCAUCAUCACUUGACUAUACCCCUUCAAGAUCAUCUCUCAAGUUGCUUUUACCCCUGGCAAAACCUGCUCAGGCUUUGAACAUUCCUGUUAUUCCAGUUGGGCCAUUGAUGGCCACCGUUUAUCCCCUUGCAAGCUAUCCUCCGUAUGUUUUAUCUUGGCUGAAUUCUCAGAUUUCAGCUCAAGAUAUGAUGGAUCAAAAGCUAUUUGAGAAGCUUGUUUUGAACAACUUCUGUACCAUACCUGCCAAGCUUCUCUUGCAGUUAUCAUCAGUUUUCCAGGAAGGUGGUUUACGUGACAGGAGUGGAAAAUUCUUGUACAAGGACCAUCUCUGCAAAAGUAAUGUUCCUGUCUUAGCAGUAGCUGGUGACCAAGACUUGAUCUGCCCUCCUGAAGCUGUAUAUGAAACGGUGAAGCUUAUUCCUGAAGAAUUGGUUACAUACAAAGUCUUUGGGGAACCUGGUGGUCCACACUAUGGCCACUAUGACUUAGUGGGUGGUCGUCUGGCUGCAGAUGAAUUGUAUCCAUGUAUAACUGAAUUUCUCAUUCAACAUGACAUGGUUUAG